AUGGCUCCCGUCAUGGACUCUAUCGUGCCCCCCAAGCUGGCCUCGCACUUCCGCGCCGCCAAGUCGUCCCGCCUGCUGACCGCCACCAAUGUCGACGAUGCCGGGUCUGGCUGGCUGCUGGUGCGCCUGCUCGGUGACUGGAUCCGUCUAUGCGCCGGUCCUGCUGGCGACGGCAAGAGCGACAUCGCCGUCGUCGUCUUCUCCCUCUACCGUGACUUUGACUUUUAUGCUGCCGGCCUGUCCCAGUUUGGCAUCGACCUUAGGCGCCACGAGACCAAUGGCCAUUUCAAGUUCAUAGGCGGCAUCCACGCCAAGCUUCUGGGCGAAAGCCCAUCCUUGACCAUCGACGCCGCCUUGGAUCUUUUGAGCGACGAGGUCGAGCUGCUGAAACAGUCCUACUCGCGCACCGUCCUGCUGCUUGACUCGCCAGAGCUGGCCUUGACGCUCGUCAGCGAAAAUCCCCACGAUGCCAGCUCAGAUUGGCUCACACUGCUUCAAGGCGUUAUACACCAAUUCCACCACACCAUCGUGGCCAUGUCGCUCGACUCGCCGCGCAUGGGCCGCACCCGCCACGAGUUCGAGCAGGCCAUGGCCCGUGUCUCAAGCGUCAAGGCCCUCGGCCACAAGGCUGACAUGUCUAUGGUUCUGCGACACUACCAGACGCAGAACUCCAAGACAGACGGCACCAUCCGCAUCUCCUAUACGCGCCAGUUCGAGGCGUCCGGCCUCAACGUCAGCGGCGACGAGGAGACGUUUGGCUAUCAGAUCUUGGCAGACGGCCGCACAGUGACCAUUGAUGGUCCUUCCCUUUGA